AUGUCUAUGGCAGAUUCCGAAGAAAAGUGGAGGGCGUCCUCCUCGACCGAUUCAUUACCUUCUUAUCCGAGCAGCCUUGAAGAUGGCCCGGAGAGCGACCCCUUAAUCUCGGCUUCGGAUUGUUCAGACAAUUCAGACAAUAGAAAUGAUUCAAGGCCCUCAAGAGGUGGCUUACGCACAACCCUCAUUAUCCAUAGAAUCGUCCUUAUCCUUACAUUCAUCCUACUCAUCGGUGGAUUCAUAUUUUUCAUCGGUGGACUCGUCAGCGCCAUUAUCCAUUACCCCGCCUCUCAGGUUCAUUGGCUGGCGUUGGAGAGCUCGAAGCAUUGCGAGGGGUACGGAGCGAGGAAGUAUUGGGCGAAGAUGGGUCCCCUGCCAGAUCGUGGGUGGCUUGAUCCUAUGGAGACGUGUUGGGCUUUGGAGAACGAGAUUCGUGGUCGGAAGAUGAAACCGACGUAUUGCGAGGAUAAGGGAGCGGAUCGUGGGGUAUAUGGUCAUUGGAUAGUCGACUUUGACGAAGGCGCGUGUCAACCUUUCUGGGAAGGAGUUACAAAUAAAGGAUGUACAGCCCCAGGAUCUGGUCUCCGGCGCUUUGACGCACACCUGAUCAAUCUCGACUACGCGGACGGAUGGAAGGUCAUGUGCUCUUCCACACCAGCCGAUUUUAAUGGGUUGCAUUUCAACGGUGCCAUGUCCUGCGCUAAACGUGUGGACGGUGUUUUUGGAACUUGGGAAAUUGUAGAUGGUGGCUGCCUCUAG